CCGCACAUCGCCUCCCUCCGUCCGGUUGCCGCCGCCGCCGCGCGUCCGAGCCAAGAUGGGGCGACCCCUUGACUCGCCGCUGACGCCCCCCGGCGCCGGGGUCGUGCCGCUGUCCCAAUUCCGCCUGUCCGAGCGCGACCUCGAGUCCUCCCCCCGGCAUGUCUUCGAAAUGAUGGAGCGCCUGGGCAAGGGAUCGUUCGGCGUGGUGAACAAGGCGCGCCAUCUGGCCACCGGGCACAUCGUGGCCGUCAAGCGUGUGACGUUGGAUAACUCCCCGGCGGCCGAGGCCGAGCGCGUGGCCGUCCUCAAUGAGGUGGAGUGCAUGCGUGCCCUGGACUCGCCCUUCGUCGUCCGGUUCUUCGGGCACUUCGUCCGCGCCAAGCGUCUCUGGAUCGCCAUGGAGUACUGCGCCGUGGGCAGCAUCCAGGAGGCCAUGAACAUCGCACAGGAGCCCUUGACCGAGUUGCAGGUGGCCCUCAUCUGCAAGGACGUGCUCGGCGGACUGGCCUACCUCCACAGCCGGGGGAACAUCCACCGCGAUGUCAAGGCCGGCAACAUCGUCAUGACAUCCGACGGUUACUGCAAGCUCGUGGAUUUCGGCGUGUCCGGCCAGCUGACCGCAUCGACCAUGCGGCGGCACACCCUCACCGGCACCCCGUGCUGGAUCGCGCCCGAGGUGGUCACCGAGGACGGGGGCUACGACGUCCGGGCGGACAUCUGGUCGCUCGGCAUCACGGUCCUGGAGAUGGCCGAGGGCCGGGCCCCGAACGCCGGGAUCAACCCCAUGCUGCACCCCUUCAUCAAGAGCACCCCGGGCAACGGCCGCGCAGUGCUGGCCGAAUUCGCCCUCCAGGUGAUCGAGCUGAAGGACAUGCAGAAGGCCGGCGGCAGCUCGCGGCGGACACCGCGCGCCGAUGGCGGCGGCCGGCGUAGCGCGUCUUCCUCGUCGGCCGACUCGGGAACCAUCAUGUCCGGGCCCUCGCGCGGGGGGGAGGCCACGUCCUCGCCCUCGCCCUCGCCCUCGCCCAGCAGCAGCCGCAGCAACAGUCACGGCGGCGGCGGCGGCGGCGGCGGCGGCUGUGGCAGCGCGGCCAACAGCAUUGACCCGUCGGACAUUGCCAGCCUCCUGCGACAGGACGCCACUGGGCUGACCUCCCCCCGGCGGGGCCGCCGGUCCCUGGUGUCCAGCGGCAUCUUCGACUCGGUCCCGACCAUGGGCGGGACACCGGGGGGGUCGCCCGGGGGCGGGCCCGUCGGCAGCCCGGCCGGGCCGAUGUCCGGGCGCGGCACCUCGGCACGGUCCAUCGCCGCCGCCCUGCCAUGGGUCGGGGAGGAGGCGGCGGCCCCUGCCGGCACCAUCCGGCGCCCGGGCCCCGGCGGGGCCACCAGCCCCCUGGUGUCUUCCCCGGACCUGGGAGCCUCGUCGGACGCCGGCGAGGACAGCGACUCCCUGGAUGACGGGCUAAGCGACGGCGAUGAGCAUGAUGGCGAGGCCGGGGAGCAUUCGCUCGGGACCAUGCGCUUCAGUGACUCGACCUUCGUCUAUCGCGGGAGCGACAGCAGCGGCAGCGGCAGCGGGUCCGACAGCGACGGCCCGGGCGGGCCUUUCGAUGCAUCCGGGACCGUGCGCUUCAGCGACUCGACCUUCGUCUACCGCGGCAGCGACAGCAGCGGCAGCGGCAGCGGGUCCGACAGCGACGGCCCGGGCGGGCCUUUCGAUGCAUCCGGCACCGUGCGCUUCAGCGACUCGACCUUCGUCUACCGCGGCAGUGACAGCGAUGGCAGUGGCAGCGAGCACGACAGCGACGGCCCGGGCGGGCCUUUCGAUGCAUCCGGCACCGUGCGCUUCAGCGACUCGACCUUCGUCUACCGCGGCAGUGACAGCGAUGGCAGUGGCAGCGAGCAUGAGGGCGCCGGCCGGGCCGGCGCCGGGACCGUGUAUGUCGGGUCACCGCGGGGCACCGGCGCCGGCGGCGCCGGGCUGGCGGGCCUGAGCCUUGGCCACUCCUGCUCGGAGGACUCGCUGUCGGACAGCAGCGACAGCGGCGAGUCCUCCGAUGGCGACGGGGACUUCGGUGCAUCCGGCACCGUGCGCUUCAGCGACUCGACCUUCGUCUACCGCGGCGGGGACAGCGAUGCCUCGGAUGACUCGCUUUCGGAUGAGGAUGGCAGUGAUGAUGACCAUGGCGGGGCCGGCCAUGGUGGCGGGUCUGCCACCAUGCGCUUCAGCGACUCGACCUUUGUCUAUCGCGGGAGCGACACCGACACGUCGGCCGAUUCGCUUUCCGACGAGGACGCCGACGAGGCCCGCGGCCAGGCCCACCACGGGCUUGGCACCAUGCGCUACAGCGACUCGACCUUUGUCAUCCGGGGCAGCGACAGCGAGACCCCCAGCACGGAGGAUGACGACGGGCCGGAUGGCAGCCAUGAUGAUCUGGCCCCCGGGUCGACGGAUACCAUGCGCAUGUAUGACAGGCCGUCGGGGCGGCCGGCCGGCCGGUUUGUCAGCGGGUCCGAUGACGAUGGCAGCAGCAGCAGCAGCAGCAGCAGCAGCAGCACCAGCAGCCCUGCUGCCGAGUCCGAUGAUGGGCAUGGUGAUGGGCACCAGGCGCGCGGCGGGGGCGCGGCCGCGGCCGCGGCCGGCACGGUGCGCAUGAUGGCCCGACCGGGCCCGGCGCUACAUGUGAACACCGAUGUCCUGUGCGUUGCGACGACGACGGCGGCGGCGGCCCGGCAGGCCGGGGCCUCGCGGUCGGCGCCACCCACUGCCAUGGGCUUCCAGUCGACCGGGCAGGGGGCCCUGCUGUCGGCCGGUGGCGGUGGCGGUGGCGGUGUCGGGGCCACGGCCUCAUCGGCUGGGGACCACCCGGCCGGCAGCAUCGCCACCGAGCCGGUGAAUUAUGCCCAAACCCGGGCCAUGUUCGACAAUCUGGCCCGCAGCAGCAGCGGCGGCGACCCGGCCCUGUCAUCGCCCCCCCCGCCGAUGACGCCGCAAAGCCCGGGCUUCGGCGGGUUCCCCCGGCGGGCGCCCGGCGGCGAGUACCACCCGGCGGCCCUGGCGGCCAAGCCCCCGUCCAUCACCAGCGCCCCGGUGUCGCCGGUCCCCCCGUCGGUCGGCGGCGGCGGCGGCGGCGGCGGCGGCGAGCACUGA